AUUUGAACUAAUGGAAUACUUUGCUUUUGGCAACAAUAUAAAAAUAUAAAAUGACAUCCUCAAAAUUCCAAAAGAAUCACAAUCUACAGAGAGCAUCCCUCCUCAACCCACUCCACCCAACCCCACAAACCGAGAACCAGAAGUAGCAGCAGCAGGAGGAAGAAGAUGGACUUUGCAGAGCAAGCCCUGAACUUAUUUGGAGAAGAUGAAGAUUUUGAAGAUGACGAGAAUAACAAUAACUAUUCAAACUACGGUGAAGAACGAGAAGCGGAUAAUGAAGAAAAGGAGCAACAACAGAGCUCAUCAUCAUCGCCCUCCUCAUAUUCUUCCUCAUCGUCUGUUGGGUCAUCGUGGGCCACAUCCGGAUCCUCCUCGUCCGACAGUCGGAGCAGAAGUGCGAGUCCUAGCUGCAGCGACGAUGACAAUGACGAUAAACAUGGCGAAGUGAGGUCUUCUUAUAAUAAUAAUGAUAAUAGAAACAGUUACUAUCAUGAGAAUGAGGAGGAGAACGAAGAGGUUGAGGAUGAAACGGAUCUGUUUGGCCCUGAUAAUGAGGGUUAUGUGAAAACUCCUGCCAUUAGUCCCUACCCCGUGCCUGUUCUCCCAGCCAUACGUAAUACAAACAACCAUACAAGAGGGGGUUAUGGACGUGGCCGUUGGCAAAAUGAUAGAGGACCUGGUCUCCUUCCCCGACCUGGUCCUUAUCCACAAAGGCAAAACUAUGGUUAUGGUAACAAGUUCUUUAAUGGCCCUCAGGAUGAGCGUCUUGUUUCUGAAUUGAAAUUCUCUAAGAGUGAAGAAACUUUAGCAAGGAAAUGUACAACCUUUCAGGAGCCAUCUGAACUUGCUUGCUAUAGUCGGGUUGAAGGUGGAGAUGUUUUCUUUGAUGAUCGCAGUUUGAGGCUAUUUAAGCGUCUUAUCACUGAAGAUAUUGGGGCUGACUUGAAUGAAGGUUUUGAUACUUACAUUGAGAAAAAAAGGUAUGAUUUAGGUUCUCAGGGUUUUGGAGACCUUCUCACUUGUAUAAGAAAUAAAAGUAUUCCUUUACAAAACAUGCACUUUGUGACAUAUCGUAACAACCUUAAUAAGAUACUAGCAACUGCUUGUGUCAGGCACGAGCCUUGGGAAAUGGGAGUGCAUAAAAGGAAUGGGGUCAUCUAUCUUGAUGAGCAUAAAAUGCCAGAAAGGCCACAAAGUGAUCUUGAUCGUAGAAGAUGUUACUGGGGCUAUUGUUUCGAAGCUCUUGCCACAGAAGAUCCAAGAAGAGCUGAUGGAGAAGGAAUACAUCAUAUUGAUGCCAAUGCUGAAUACUAUUCUGUGAUUAAAACCAAAUUAGGAGCCCAUCGAAUCCUGAUGGGUGCCGAAAUGGACUGCUGUGAUUCAACUGAUGAGGGUAAAAGGUUCUAUGUGGAUCUAGAAACAAGUCAUGAGUUGGACUAUCAUACUGAGGAAAAAUUUGAGAAGGAGAAAUUACUUAAGUUCUGGAUUCAGUCAUUCCUUGCUGGUGUACCGUAUGUUGUCAUUGGUUUCAGGUAUUUCCAUGGAUGAUACUGCCGUCUUGUCCGUACAGAAAGACUAAGAAGCAAGGACAUAACACACAGAGUAAAGAUGAAAAACUAUUGGCAGGGAGGAGUUUGCCUAGCAUUUGCUGAUGAGGUGUUAUGCUGGCUUUAUGGGACAAUUAAAGAGAAUGAAGACUACAUCUUGCAGUUUGCCCCACCUUUCACACGAUUGGAGCUUCUGCAAGCACAUUCUUGCCCGGAUGAAAUCACUAACCAUGUCGAACAAUUAUAGCCACAUAUUAAGAUUUGAAUAUAUUGUACAAGAAUUAAACUAUGAAUUACGGUAUUUAAACUGGAAGACAAGAGGAUUGAGAUAUCUUGAUGCUAACUUUGGCUGUAAAUUGGGAAUGAAAGAUCAAUUUCAUGUUUA